CGCGUAUACUAGCUUACAUUAGAGAUAGUCUAUAUAAGAAAUAAAUCUUCUGCGUAUCGAUUCGCGCCAUGGACCAUCAUCGUCGAACGAGGCUCGAGGCCGCCGAGGACGAUUGUAAUCCGCGAUGCAGGAUCUGCGCGAGGCUGCUCGGCGGCUGCAAAGCUCUGAGGAUCUUCGCCGACGAGGGCCGCAAGCACAACCUACAGAGGAACAUCCACGCGUACCUCGGCAUAACGGUAGAGUACUGCGGACACGCGCUGCUAUAUUCAAAGUUUGCGCUAUUCUGCCGCCGCGUAUCACGUGUGCUCAGCUCUCUCCCUCUGCUUUUCGAAACACGCGCCUAUAUAGCUUCCCCAAAAUCAUCGCCGGCCUUGCUCUCGCGCGCGUAUGGACUACUUCGCGAUUGAAGUAUAGUGUCAGCCGCAGUGAAGCAGGUCGCAGAGGAUUUGCGAGACGGACGCGGCGCCGCCGUGUAAAAGUGUAAAAAAUUAGCAUUUUAUUGAUUGCCAGAGAGAGAGAGGGGCCGCGCGAGGCGCUGCUGCUGCUACCUCGAUACUUGAUGUACGUGCGCUUGUGUUUGCAGGUGUCCGCGGAUGACAGAUUGCCGAAGAUGGUGUGCGCCUCGUGCGUCGGCAAACUCGACGGGAUUCACGGCUUCGCCACUAUGGCUCUGAGGAGUCAAGAGAGGCUGAGGCAGGAGAUCGUCGUCGGGAGCGUCGAUAGCUCGGACAGUUCGGAUAGCCCCUUGGAUAGAGGGCUACUGCACUCCAUACUGACCAAAGGCUCCACCGGUAGCCAGGCGCAGAGCAACGACGAGGAGAUGAGGAUGAUGGACGCUCGGCAGCGAACGCCCAGCACCGAGGAGAUGGAGGUCAAAGUCGAUCCCAUGCUCUUCCUCCAGUGCGCCUUGGACAGGCCCUCUUCCGCGGACUACUCCGAUUUCUCGGACGACUGCAGCCGGGCCUCCGAGCCGGCGGAACCGCUCUCCCUCACCGCCAACGACAAGUCCGAGAACGAAGACCCGGUGGACUGCAACGAGUCCGAGGAGGAGGAGGAGGAGGAGGAGGAGGAGGAGCAGGACAGCGGCGGCGAAGCCAACCACCUCUGCAAGAUCUGCGCGAAGGCGUUCGCCUCGCAGAUGUCCCUGCAGAAGCACCUGUGGUCCCACCUGCCGGCCUCGGUAACGACGACCUCGACGACGACUUCCAACAAGACUCAGAGGCUCUCGCAGAACGACUCCAGCUGCAACGGCAGCUUCGUCUGCCCCAUCUGCGGCAAGAAGAUCUCGACCAAGGGUAACCUGAAGGUCCACCUCGAGACUCACCGGCCCAAGGGCAAGUACGGCUGCGACAUCUGCGGCAGAAUGAGUACCACAGCGGGGUGCAGUUCCCCUGCGGCGUCUGCGGCCGGGUCUACCCGACCAACUCGACUCUGCGCGCCCACAGCAUCACCCACUCGGACCUGAGGCCUCACGCCUGUCCGCUCUGCGACAAGACCUUCAAGCGCAACCAGGAUCUCAAGUUUCACAUAAACCAGCACACCGGCGCCAGACCAUACCAGUGCCCCUACUGUCCCAAGGCUUUCGCCAGCUCCGGUAACUGCUUCUCGCACCGCAAGAGGAUGCACCCGAAGGAGGUGCAUCGCGACAGGCAGAGAGCUGCCGACCUCAUGAGAUGAGCUAUAAGACUGUUGCCGCCGUCGCGAUCCGAGCAACGAGAAUAUCCGCAAACAAUGAUGUAACGUACAUUGAAAGAAGCGAGAACGACUCUUCCCUCGCGCUCGUUAGCGAUAGCCCUGUGAUAAAACAUUGUAAUAACACCUAUAUACCAUUGUACUUACAUAUAUAUAUAUAUACAUACACAUAUUAUCCGAGGAGGGAGUAAUAAAAAUGACAACGAGUCCGCGCACAGCACAAUUCUUAGCGUUCGAGAACGUAUAUAAGCAGAAUAGCACACACUUUGCAAGACUGUAAGAGAUAGCUGAUGAAAGUGUCAAAUUAUCACGUAUACAUAAUGUAGAUUGUAGAGGUAUAUAGGGAUUAAUUAGCGAAGAUCGGCUGGCGACUCGACAAAAUGUGUGUGUGUGUGUGUGUGUGUGUGUACACGCCAUCAAAGAGGAAACCCGAGGACGUUUCAUCUCUCCAGUGCAGUAUUAACGUCGUAUAUCGCGAGUCUUCUCUUGUCGCCUCGACUGUGGUACGGCAAGAAUCUGUCUACGUAAUGAAAUAGUUCGUGCGCUUCCCUCGUAAGUCUAAACCAUAUUGUAUUACAGAGACGACACGCGUUUUAACGUAUUAUACUAUAUACAUGUAUAAAUAGAGAAUAGAAAUGAUCUUGUAUUUUGUAACGACGUUUUUUCUAAUUGUAGUUUACUACAAACAAUUGAUGAAAAUGUAAAAAGAAAAACGGAAAAAAACAAUGGUGCGUAUAAUAGCUACUCUUGUAAUAGUGGAUUUUCUUUCUCCGAAAGGAGCCUAUGACGCGGAAUUAUCCUCGUGCGCGACGUUGUAGCGACAACGAUAUGCAUAACUCACGUAUAGUUGAAUGCAACCUCUUGGUAAUUGUUACGUUACGUUGACUCUGAUAUAAUCUAAAAUAUAUACAUAUGCAGUUCUCGCACAUCCGGAACGAGCCGUAGGUGAAUAGUAAGCGACGUAGCGGACGAGAUGCCACUUCUUAAAUUAAUUUACACGCCGAUGUUUUCCUCGUUAAUUCAUUGGAUUCUUAGAACGACGUUUUCCUGCAAUAACAUUUAACCUCGAGGAAUAGAUUUAUUUUUUGAAAAAAAGUCACAUCUAACGACCUUUAGAAUACGAGACAAUAUAUACCUUGUGAACGCGAAGAGAUUGUAUAUAUUUUAAAUGAUAUCUUCACGUGCAAUAACAAUAUUAUAGGCAUAGUAUAUGAUAAUAUUGAAAAUAAUUUCAUUGCGCGAUAUCAUACAAAAGCGUGCAAUAUCGAGAGUGCGCAAUGAGGCGGUAACUAGAUGAUAGGGAACGAAAAAAGCAUAAAGCCAAAUGGAACCUACGUACAAACGCCCACAAAGUUAGUUUUUGUCACAAUAGUGGUCACGCACAAUCAGAAUAAAAUGCAUAUAACUGAGAGAUUGAAUAAACUAGCUGCACGAUAGGAUUAUAAAAAAAUACUGCCUUUUUCUUGCCAAUCGUCAACAGCACCAUUCGUCUUAUUUCAAGCGCAUAAAUAUAGCCGAUUUAGCGGCUAUCUGCAGAGCUGCAAUGAAAAAUCGCGAGCUAAUAAUGAGCGCUAAGAAGCAAUCAUAGCGACUUAUAGCCAGCGGUCGAUCAAUCUUCGCUAUAUACCCAUACGUAUACGAUUCGAUUGUUUACAAACAUAAAGCUGAGCAGCCGAUUCGCCCGCGUUAUCGGUCGUUCGGCCCUUGUAUAUAAGUAUUUAUCUCGGGACAGCGUCGCGGCUAGUCUCGUCGCAUACGCAAGUUUGGAAUGAGCUGCAUCUGCAGUUGUGUCUUAUAAUUGGUGAGCCAGUGUGUCAGAAAAUAGCCAGCCGAGUCGCGGUCGCUGCUCUUUCUCUCGCAGUCGGUAUCCCGCGGCCAGUAUAGUGCUUUUGCUUUUCGGCAAAAUAGCGCAGUCUGCCUGGAUAUCUCUCGCAACUCGGCGCAAUUAUGUCAUGCGGUCUAUUGGCAGGUUCGCUCAAGCCGGAGCAUCACUCGACGACGGACAAGACUGCAGCGAUCGUCAUCCUCGACGAGGAGGAGGAGCUGCUGCAGAGUUGUGCAGAAGUGCAUCAGCAGGAAGCGGCGACCAGUUCGGGCUUGCAACGCCGCGACCGAAAACGCAAGAUGUGCGAUGACAGGGACGAGAUGUUGUGGUGCCGCUCGAGGCAGAACGGAGUCGUGCAGCCUCUGCUCACUGAUCUCUAUCAAAUUACAAUGGCAUAUGCGUACUGGAAGAAUGGAAAGAUAAAGGAUCGUGCAGUAUUUGACCUCUUCUUUCGCAAGAAUCCAUUUCAUGGAGAAUUCACAGUUUUCGCUGGACUGGAGGAGUGCUUGAAGUUUUUGGAUAAAUUUCACUAUUCCGAUAGUGAUAUCGAAUAUCUCAAGUCUACCAUGCCACCUUCAGUCGAGUCAGAAUUCUUUGAAUUUCUAAGAAACACAACAGCCAAAGAUGUUACCCUCUAUGCCAUUGAAGAGGGAUCAGUGGUGUUUCCAAGGGUACCACUGUUAAGGGUUGAAGGGCCUUUAAUAAUGGUACAGAUUUUGGAAACAACACUUUUAACUUUGGUGAACUAUGCAAGUUUGAUGGCGACAAACGCGGCGAGGUAUCGCAUGGUAGCUGGAAAGUCGGUGUCGCUCCUCGAGUUUGGCCUAAGACGUGCGCAGGGUCCCGAUGGAGGCCUUAGUGCUUCCAAAUAUAGUUACAUAGGUGGUUUUGAUGGGACUAGCAAUGUUCUGGCUGGCAAAUUGUUCCACAUACCAGUCAACGGUACUCAUGCCCAUGCCUACAUUACUUCUUAUACUAGUUUUAACGAUUUGCAGAUCAAGACUUUGGCUCACAAAGAUACUGGAGAACAGCGGGAUCUUUUAGCGCUCUCUUGCGAUUACCGCAAUCAAAUAGCGGCAGAUCUCAAUGCAUUGGUAUCGGAAGCUUCCGAUGGAGAGCUUGCAGCACUCGUGAGCUACGCUAUAGCAUUUCCAGAUGGAUUUAUGGCCUUAGUAGAUACCUACGAUGUUAAAAGUGUAGAAGCAUCGGCCAAACGACAAGCAAAUGUAACCGGCCUAAAUCUAACGAAUAAGCUUCUAACUAACGGGAGUAAUAAGGCACCUCGUAACGGUGCGAGACACAACCCAAUUAUAUCAGAUGAACAAACUUGGUCUCACAAGAGUGGCUUAAUAAGACACGGUGAAUUGGGUGAGCUCUACGUAAGAAGUGGUUUAUUGAAUUUCUGUGCAGUUGCUUUGGCAUUGAAUGAUUUUGGUUACAAAGCAAUUGGUAUCCGCAUAGACAGCGGAGACUUGGCCUACCUCAGUCAAGCAGCUAGAGAAAUUUUUCAAAGGAUUUCCAAGAAAUUCGAUUUGCCAUGGUUUGCUAAACUUAUAAUUGUUGCUUCCAAUGACAUAAAUGAAGAAACUAUUAUAAGCUUGAAUGAGCAGAAUCAUAGAAUAGAUUGCUUUGGUAUUGGCACGCAUUUGGUCACUUGUCAAAAGCAGCCAGCACUAGGAUGUGUAUAUAAAUUAGUUGAGAUCAAUGGUCAGCCUAGAAUAAAAUUAAGUCAGGAAGUAGGAAAAGUUACAAUGCCAGGCCGAAAGACUGCCUAUAGAUUAUAUGGUAUGGAUGGACAUGCUUUAAUAGAUUUACUUCAACGGGUAGAAGAAGAACCACCUCAAGUUGGACAAAAGGUGCUUUGCAGGCAUCCAUUUGAAGAGUCAAAGAGAGCUUAUGUCAUACCUACAAGAGUUGAGUCUCUUCAUAAGUUGUAUUGGAAAGAUGGCAAGAUUUUACAAAAGUUACCAACUCUUGCGGAGACGCGGAACAGGGUUCGCGAAUCUUUAGGCACGUUGCGUAACGAUAUCAAACGAAAUCUUAAUCCAACACCUUACAAGGUAUCUGUCAGCGACGAUUUGUAUAAUUUUAUACAUGAUUUAUGGCUCCAAAAUGCUCCAAUUGGAGAGUUAUCUUGAAGCAAGACAUUAGCAGUAAGGAAUCAACAUAUAUAUAUUGCAUAUAUAUGUACUUGUAUUUAUAUACAAGUGUAAAAAUUUGUUGUUUGCAUCGCAACUUUUAAAGCUGUCUAUGAACAAAAACCAAACAGAAAGGAAACGUAAAAGGUAUAUAUAAUCAUGAAAGAAGGUAACAGAGACGCCUGCAGAAAUUUUUCUCACGUAGGGGCCUUACAAUCAAAAACCAUGGAAUGCGGCAGACUUUAAUUUAUAUAUCUACAUAUAGUGAAUCGAUUUGACGAUUUCUAAUUCAGUUCAAACAAAUUUGUCUUAUACAAAGGGAGAUAAUAGAGUAUAUCGUUAUUUUUGGACAAAAAAUUAUUUUCCUAGUUAAAGAGUUCAUCGAAAACACUUAGGCGUUUCCUGUUGCACUUUUCACAAAAAAAACCUAUUUAAAAAGUGUUGAAACAACGAUUCAUUAACAAAUCUUGUUAAAAAAUGCAUAAUUGUUAGAUGUUUAACAUAUAGCAAAUAAGUCAGAUAAAAUUCAAGAUGAAUUGUUCAUCUGAUAUUUCCUAGAGUAUGAAAGCAACCUCAGGUAGUUUUAUAAUAGUAAUUAUGAAAAAAUCGUUUAUAUUUUUUGGUGAUCUUGACUAACAUGCUGUUGUCCCUGUAAAACCUGUCUUGAAUUCAAAGCGUUUUUUGACAUGUGAAGAUAGUGAACAGACGACAGGCAUGUUUACUUAAGUUAUAUGUAUUGUACAGCUACAAUUUGUUUUUUCAUCAUUUGCUACUACUAAUUUGUGUAUAUUAUAUGGAAGGAAUCUUAAAAAUACAUUUGAUGAACUCUUGGAAUGAUUGUUAAAUCAUCUUACAGAUUUUUUGUAUUUGGAUAUUUAUAAGAUGAAAUUCGCACAUUCCUCAUGUUUGAAUUUGAUAAAGUGCAGGAACUAAAUUUGUGUUCUAGAAAAAAGAGUUAUAAUGAUUGCUGUAGAGUGGAAGGUAUUGCGUAAAAUUGAUCAUUGUUCGUUUAUAUCCCUUAUAUUUUUUAAUAUAUCAAAAACCAAAAAUGUACAACGUAUUCUACAUUUAAUAUUGGCAAUACCUAUGAUAAAACACAAACUAAAUUUAUAAAUAUUGUACCUAUGCGUGUAAAAAGAAAGGUUAGUUUUAGGAAACAUUAUUUUACACUGUGAAUAGAUUUUAAUCUAAUUGGCCGCAUUUGCAAGAUUUUUUAUAUUGCAUACUGAGAAGCACGCACAUAGAUUAUUUGUUGAUUUGAGUUGUUGAUAUUAUAAAUGUAUGUUAUAUGCUUUUAAUAAAAAUUGAUUUUGUGAAA